ACCUCCCACAAACUAAGCAAAAAGUAUUACCGGGCAGACGCUACGUAAACCGCAGUCUUGGUAUUUUCUAAAGCCGCCUUGGUUUAAUUUCCACACGGACCACACCUGUGUUAUCGCUCCGUUUAAACGCACCCGUUUUAACUGCAAAAUCGUGCUGCAACCAAAGUGUCCCGGCUUUAAUAGUGCACUGAUCAAAGUGUCCGGCUCGAAAAAAAAGCAAGAAGCACUAGGCUGCACCGAGAAAGCGAAAAAACUGGAGGAGGGCAAAAUUUACGGCGGACGGUUUUUUACUCCCGGACAGUAUAGUCGGUGACCACAACAUCCGUCGGACGUCUUGGUCGUCCGGGCGUUUUGGUCGGUUACAGAUGCCUGUUAUACCGUAUGUUACACCGUUGCGCUAACAAGUAAUAACAAGGAUUGCCAUAAUAUUUAGUUGCUCAGAUCAAAGUAGUAGUCGAUAGCCAGAAUUCAUCCAUGCUCGGUUUUUGCUUAGAAUAAUACGCUUUAACCAAGUUUUUCAAACCGUACUCGUACUCACCGUAAAGUUUUUUGAAGUUAACCGGUAAGCCCUGUUGCCACGGGUACCAGUUGACCGAGUGGCGCAAGUUUGAUGUUGAUCAAUUCGUACACCAGUGAAUGAUUUAUGUCGGUUGGACAGUACGUGUACGGCCUUGCAACCUUCGCAGAAUGAAUUAAUAACUCGAAAAAUUGUUUUUGCAUUUUGUAUGUUACAAAAAGACAUAGAUAUUAUAUUAGACAUAGAUAUUACAUUUUAUCCUGGUCUAGUUCAUAAAAUAUUUUGGCAUGUUCGAAAACUUAGAUCUGUUUUGCGAAGUGGUUCAUACAACGAAGAAGUUGUGAUUGGCGGGCGGGCUAAUUUGAUUUGAUUGUUGUCCUGCCUAUUCGUGUUGCCAUAAGUCCUUGUAACUGAUGUCAAAAAAAACGAUAAUAAAUAAGUAAGUUCCGCUGUCAGCAUUCAGAAUAAUGAAUCGUAUUUGAGAGCACGGACGAAGCCACUUUAUCAACCAUACUAACGGAGAAACAGAAUGGAUGACACAGUACGCCAAAAACUGCAAUCUGGCGUGUACAAGUUCCUCUGCCGCCGUUUAUCCAUCGCGUUUUCGCUAGCGAAUGAAGUGGCAGAAGAGCUUUUGGGAGCGUGUUCUGAUGUUAUUGCCGCGUAUGAUGAUUUCGUUCGCGCGGACGGAGAGAUGGUUUUUUUUACAACUUAUCACGGAACUGUCAAAGGUAUUUCGCCCUUUACGACGUUAACGCCUGAUUCGGGUGAACUGAAAGCGGAAACGAUGUACUUGGUUAAACUGUCCAAGCAGACCACAUUAACCGAAAAAAACAUUGUCGAUGAAACAUCCUUCGGAACACUGAACAUUUCGCAAUAUCCCGGCGUACAGGCUUGCAUUGCUGACCGGUUAGCCAAAGUCGCUGCAGUAUUGCGAGCAUGGAAUCAUCCCGUUCCCGCCGAGAACUUCCUCCUCAGCCCCGAGAGAAAACAGUUUUUUUUCCGCGUACUGGAAGAAUCAAUGCGUGAUUUUAAAGAAACUGAACAAGCUGUGAACGAUACUCCUCACCUUGACUUUGGAAAGCAUGCUGCACAAUUCCAAUGGAGGUGUCGACUGCAGAACGAGCACCCGACGCUGUAAACCACUUGGCGUACGAUGUGGUUACGCAAAUGCUUAGGCUCGUGUCAAAUAUGGACGCCCACAUCUUUGAUGUUGAGACGUUUGUCAGCAACAAUGCACAAAUAGCUAACAAAGGCAACGACAUUAUGGACGAAGUGCAGAUUUGGCGAGCAGCAACAAUCAAAUUCUAUCGAGUUCUGCAUAUGCUUCGUUCUGAUAUUUUUCAAAAUGCCAUCACUUUAUUCUUGAGAAUGCAGCCAGAUGAAGAAAAACGACAGAAAGUUUUUGAUUUAUGCACCCGGCUAGUAAAACGCACGACCGAAAUUUAUGGCGACGUUAGAAAGGUGUACAGCCAACUGCUGGAUUGUGCUGACAAAUUCUCGAUUCUUUUUUAUCCGACAAUGAAAGAAAUUAAUCAGCACAUGCCGGAACUGAUUUCCUGGAUAUGCACCACAGAUUUCCAGUGCAAGACCUUUGGAGAUAACUGGCGGGUGUCCGCUUUAGUGAAACUUUCUAGCAUGUUGAUGGGCCGCAUCAGCAACGCUUUGCUGCCAGAAGGCAAAGAUCAGUUGUUCGACCAGGACUACUUGUCGGCAGUGGAAAUUCUUCGCGAAUGUGAUACCGCUGUACAGCUGUACUUACAGACUACAGCCCAGUUUGGCAACCUGAUUUUCAGCAGUCACAAUUUUGAUCAGCUAAGGCUACUUGGUGUUCGCAUCAAAAAGGUAGCAAGAAUAUUCCAGCAUUUCGUUGACUAUCUUAAGCUCUGGAACAUGCACGUUGUGGGCAUGGAUCCAGCGCUGCACUGGAUGGAAAGUGCCUUUUAUCAGCUCAAACAAAGGCUGAAGGAAAUUUUCAAUGUCGAAAACCAGGAUUUCAUGAACGAUUCGAAGGAAUUUAGCAAUUUUUUCCAUGUUGCUAGCAUUCACGCCUGGAAAUUGUUUUCGGCAAUUUUCGAGAGUUCUCGCACAACUUCUGAAAGUCUAGAUCUAGGAACAAGGAUACGCACGUUGAGCAAGCAUCAACGGCUGCUGUUGAUGCAGUACUGGGAUCCUUCACAAGUUAUUCGUUUAAAUGGAACCACUCUUGCUUUUGAGAGCGGGGAUAUAGGAAAGAAAAUGCCUAAAUAUUCUGCCACCAAUGCGAACUUCGCAUGGUACUGCGAAUUCAACGCGGCCCUGGCGCGACACCAUUUAAACUGUUUAGAGAUUGUGGAUAAAAUGUGCCAACUAAGCGCGUUUGCUGAUGAACACGCUGCCUACAUGCAUAAAUUAACAUCCUAUAAGGGUCUCUGCGAAACCUACUGGACCCGCAGAACGUACUGGAUGACACGGGGAUUAGUUGAUGCACUGCGAACCAGCAUUUUUGUCCGUACGACAUCAUUGGAAAAGCUGAAUCCAGCCAAAGGAAUGCGGCUUAAUUUGAAUAACGAGCUACUUCAGGUUUUGGACGAUCAGCGUUUUAUAACACAAAACAAACUUCCAGCCCAACCGGAGAGUGCCUUAAACUACUUUCUUAGCGUCCAUCCGACGGAACUGAGCAGAAUGAUGGAGGAAUUUGUUCGAAGACUAGUAAAUCUGCAAUCGAGGGGGCCUGCAACUAUGAAAGAUGUCUUGUUGGUGGGCUCCAGUAAGGUGAAUGCGGUGUUGCAUUUGGGGCUGACUCGCUUUAAAUGGAAGAACGUUAUGAGUGAAUUCACGGACUUAUUCCCCAAAAUUAUGCGUGACUUGCGGAUCGCUGAAUAUCUGCAUGCCAAAGCGGUGAUCACCUAUCACUCCAAAGUGGAAAGUGUCUGCCAUCAUUUGGCGGAAUUAAAUGUUUCCUGUUUCCCUGAAAUUGGCUCGUGGGAUGCAGCAGAAUUUUCAGAUAUUCUACCUAUUUGGUUUUCGCAUAUCGUGCACCAUUUGGAACAUGCCAGUGCCACGGCGGAAUUAGCAUUAUGCCACGCUAGUCAUUUGUGCGCCACGAUCGCUGCACCGAAACGUGUUGAAUGGGACAAGCGCAUCCCGCCCCGAUGGAAUGUCCCUAUUGUGCCACGCUCCUCCCACUCGCGCCAUUCCGUAUGGGAAGAAGCCGAAGAAGACGGAAAAAUUGGCGAAGCUUUUCAUGUGGCAGCUUCCAGUGCUCUCAUAUCCUACGAUCAGCUGAUCUUCCACAUCUUGGAACGUGUUACGAUAUCCGCUGUCCAGUUCCUUCUGGAUAAGCUUGUUCCGUUUCACCGAGGAUUCCAGCUGCCGUGGUGGCAAAAGCUUUUUGGGCACAAAGAACCUAGACAAGACAACGAAAAGCAUCCUCAUGGUUCCCAUCAUGACGAACCUCAUGCCGGUCCGGUGCCCAUGCCGUUUUUCCAAGUCAGCGUUGCGGUUGUGAAUGGAAAAGUGACAACAGUUCCUCCAGUUUCCGAGGCACAAAGAGCGGCGCAGCUAGCUACGCUGUCAGUAGUAAAAAUUCGUGACCAGAUAACGAGCUGGGGGAAGCGGCACAUGGACGGAACAAUUGACGCCGUCUUUAAGGAUCCAAGUAAUGAUGGAUAUCUGGAACGGGCGCCGGCUGAUCAGGCAACAUUUCUUGAGGAUAUUAUUAAGCUGGACGAAACUGUCAAAGCGGAAAAAGCCGAAACCCGGCAAAAGCAAUAUGUCGUCCGUGACUAUAUGAUGGUUUGCGAUUCGUUCAUUUCUUCCGUCGAGGAAACGUAUAAGCUGUUACCUGAAUGUGUGGCACUAUAUCUGGAAAAAUACGAAUUUUUGGCUCCCUUGUUUUCCAGCCAUAAAGACGUUAUAGUUCGGGAUUUUCAAAGCAAGAAGCCGACAAUGAGUGACUACCGACAUCUGCUGGAUUAUCUGCGCUCGCUGGAGGAAAAGAUUGAUGAACUGAAUUCUUAUGAAAUUGUUUACUGCAUUGCUGUUGACACUCACUUCUUAAAACAGUCGGCCCAGAAGGAAAUUCAAGAAUGGCGUGCUUCUGUUGCUCGUGCUCUGAAAACACAGUCUAGUGGAAGUUUAAAAGAAAUAACUAAUUUCCUCGACGAACAGGCAAAGGUACUCCAGACACCGGCCAAAGAUGUAGAAAGCGCGAAGAAAAUUCUUGUUGCUCUGGAUCUUAUUCGUGACAAGGAAGUGGAUGUCGACAGUCUAAUAAGUCCUAUAGAGGAGGCUUUCUAUACUAUUCAAAGUUUUGGAAUAGCGCUACCGAAGGCUGAAAUCGAAGCGGUCGAUACACUACGCUAUAACUUUGCCAAAGUUAUCGAAAAAUCCCAUGAAAUGCAAACGGAGCUUCUUAGUAUGCAGCCGAUCCUAAAAACGGAAGUGGUUGAUGGGUUCAAAAAGUUCCACUAUGAUUCGAUAGAAUACGUGUCGGAUUAUGAUCAGAAUGGUCCAAUGCAACCUGGGCUGACGCCAGCAGAAGCCAGCGAACGACUGAACAUUUAUCAAACACGCUUUGAUGACCUCUAUCGGCGAUAUGUGAUCUAUUCAGGAGGUUUGGAAGUCUUCGGUCAGGAAACCAGCGAAUAUCCUGAGCUGCAACGAAUCAAAAAAGAGUUGUUCCUUCUCCAGAAACUAUACGGACUGUAUAAUUUGGUAAUGCAACGGAUUAAUAAUUAUUUUGAAAUUCCCUGGGAAAACUUAAAUCUGGAUGCCAUCAAUCAAGAACUGCAAGACCUACAGGCCCGUUGCAAGAAACUACCAAAGGGUAUGAAGGACUGGAAAGCGUUCGAAGAUCUAAAGAAAAAAAUUGAUGACUUUACGGAGGUCGUACCAACGUUGGAAGCCAUGACCAACAAAGCUAUGAAGGAUCGGCACUGGGUGCGCAUAUCUACACUGACUGGUCAUCACUUUGACAUGGAAAUGGACAGCAAGAAUCUUCUGCUGAAAGAUAUCAUGAAGGCUCCCAUCCUUAAAUACAAAGAUGAGAUCGAAGAUAUUUGCAUAUCCGCAACAAAGGAAAAGGACAUCGAGGCAAAAUUGAAAGGUGUCAUUGAUAUGUGGUCCGGCCAGAGUAUCAAAUUUGCACCGUAUAAAGGGAAGGCUGAUGCCUUGGUUAAAGGUGGAGAUAUGGUAGAAAUUAUCACAAUGCUGGAAGACAGUCUGAUGGUGCUUGGGUCCUUAAUGACUAAUCGGUACAACGUACCAUUCAAAAAGGAGAUCCAGUCAUGGGUUCAGAAGCUGUCUACCACAUCGGAAAUCGUGGAAACAUGGCUGGCUGUUCAAAAUCUUUGGGUAUAUCUGGAGGCUGUAUUUGUGGGCGGUGACAUUGCUAAGCAGCUGCCAAAAGAAGCCAAGCGGUUCCAGAGCAUCGACAAGACUUGGCAGAAAAUUAUGCAGCGAGCCAAAGAAAACCCUAGCGUUAUACCGUGUUGUGUCGGCGACGAAACAAUGCAAGAGACGUUGCCCCAGUUGAUGGAGCAGCUUGAGCUUUGUCAAAAAUCACUAACCGGGUACCUGGAAGCCAAACGGCUGGUAUUCCCACGGUUUUUCUUUGUUUCGGAUCCCGUACUUUUGGAAAUUCUUGGACAGGCCAGCGAUUCUCAUACUAUUCAACCAUAUUUAUUGAGUUGCUUCGAUAACGUCAAUGAGGUGGCAUUUAGCGAUCGAGAGUAUGACCGAAUCACCACAGUCAUUUCCAGAGAAGGCGAAAGAGUCGCGUUAGAACAAGAUGUGCUGGCACGUGGCGGUGUGGAGAUGUGGCUCGGUGAACUGUUGAAAGAACAGAUGCGAUCGUUGCACGGCGUUAUACGGGAUGCCAAUCGUGCUAUGACACUACCAAGUUAUGAACUCAUGUCGUUUCAACAGGCGUUCAUAGCGCAGGUUGGUUUGCUCGGAAUCCAGCUUUACUGGACCCGAAUGGCCGAAGCUGCGCUGAAAAACGCUCGUGUGGAUAAAAUGAUCAUGAAAACGACGAACACUCUCUUUCUCACGAUGCUCAACAAACUUAUCGAGAAGACCACCCACAACUUGACAAAGAAUGAACGCAUCAAGUUUGAAACCUUGAUUACCAUCCACGUGCAUCAGCGAGACAUCUUCGAUGAACUGGUACGAUUGGACUGCCGCUCGGUCUCAGACUUUGCUUGGCUAAAACAAGCUCGCUUUUACUUCCAAGACGAUGUGGACCAGACCAUUGUUUCCAUUACCGAUGUUGAUUUUAUCUAUCAGAACGAGUUUCUGGGAUGCACAGAUCGAUUGGUCAUUACGCCUCUUACCGACAGGUGCUACAUCACGCUUGCGCAAGCGCUUGGCAUGCACAUGGGUGGUGCUCCUGCCGGGCCAGCUGGAACAGGUAAAACUGAAACAACCAAAGAUAUGGGGAAAGCUCUGGGGAAGUACGUUGUGGUCUUUAACUGCUCAGACCAAAUGGAUUUUCGCGGACUUGGACGCAUCUACAAAGGACUUGCGCAAUCUGGGUCAUGGGGAUGUUUCGAUGAAUUCAAUCGAAUUGAACUCCCGGUGCUUUCGGUGGCUGCUCAACAAAUAUAUAUUGUUUUGUCCGCCAAAAAGGAGAAGAAAAAGGAAUUCAUAUUUUCCGACGGCGAUCGCGUUCCUUUAAACCCGGAAUUUGGAAUUUUCUUGACCAUGAACCCUGGAUACGCCGGGCGUCAAGAGCUACCGGAAAAUUUGAAGAUCCAGUUUCGCACCGUGGCCAUGAUGGUGCCUGAUCGUCAGAUUAUUAUGCGCGUCAAACUGGCCAGCUGUGGUUUCCAGGAAAAUGUUAUCUUGGCACAAAAGUUUUAUGUGCUGUACAAACUGUGCGAAGAACAACUCAGCAAGCAAGUGCAUUACGAUUGGGGCUUGCGCAAUAUUUUGUCUGUGUUGCGCACACUCGGAGCCCAGAAGCGCAGCAGACCACAGGACACAGAGCAAGCUAUUGUCAUGCGAGUUCUGCGAGACAUGAACCUGUCUAAACUUGUGGACGAAGAUGAGCCGUUAUUUAACAGCCUUAUCAAUGAUCUCUUUCCCGGUUUCAAUCUGGACAGCAAUACCUAUGUGGAUCUGCAGAAAGCAAUCGCUAAUCAGUGUGAACAAGCCAAUUUGGUUAAUCACCCUCCUUGGAACCUAAAGGUUGUACAGUUGUUUGAAACCCAGCGUGUUCGACAUGGAAUGAUGGCGCUUGGGCCCAGUGGUUCGGGCAAGACCACCUGUAUAACCGUGCUAAUGAAAGCCAUGACCGAAAUGGGAAAUCCACACAAAGAAAUGCGCAUGAAUCCGAAAGCUAUAACUGCCAGCCAGAUGUUUGGACGUUUGGAUGUGGCCACGAACGACUGGACUGAUGGCAUCUUUUCCACUUUGUGGCGACGUUCGCUUAAGGCCAAAAAGAACGAACACGUCUGGAUCGUUCUUGAUGGACCGAUUGAUGCCAUUUGGAUCGAAAACCUGAACUCUGUUUUAGAUGACAACAAAACACUAACGCUGGCUAACGGGGAUCGAAUUCCUAUGUCACCGACCUGUAAGAUCGUCUUUGAACCCGAUAAUGUCAACAACGCAUCCCCGGCCACAGUGUCGCGGAACGGUAUGGUUUUCAUGAGUUCCUCAGUUCUGACGUGGAAGCCCAUCAUGCAAGCGUGGCUGAAAAGCCAGUUCAAAGGAGAUGUACCAACCUUAAUGGGAUUCUUUGAGAAGAUCUUUGACGACGUUAAAGAUUUUGUUGCCUCGAAAACCGUGCCAAAAAUCAAAGUGCUGGAAUGCAACUUCAUUAAGCAGGCACUGGACAUCCUUCUCGGGCUAAUACAAAUUCGCGGCCUGCAAUCUAAGUUGUCUUAUGCGUCUUUGCUGAAACAAGAAAAUACACAGAUUUCUCACACUGAGAAAAUGGUCCUGCUGUCAGUCCUCUGGAGCUUUGGAGCAAUCAUGGAACUGAAUGACCGCACCAAACUGCAAGAAUUCUUUGCGAGCAAAGUUUCAGCAUGGGGUUUGCAAAGCACUGUCGGUGAAAUGCGGCAGUUAUUCGACCUUAUCGUCGAUAAGCAAGGAAACUGGCAACCAUGGAGUGCCCGGGUAGAAGAGUACAUGUAUCCCGAAGACAGUAUACCCGAAUACCGAAAUAUACUUGUGCCCAAUGUGGACAACGUACGCACGACCUUUAUGAUGGAUCUGCUGGCUAAGCAGAGUAAAUCAGUUCUUCUUAUCGGUGAACAAGGCACAGCCAAAACCGUCAUGGUAAUGAGCUACAUGAAGCAGUAUGAUCCGGAAGUCCACUCAUUCAAAAGCCUGAACUUCUCUUCUGCAACGACUCCAAUGAUGUUUCAGAGGAUCAUUGAAAGUUAUGUUGAUAAACGCAUUGGUACGAUUUACGGACCGCCGGGUGGGAAAAAACUGACGGUAUUCAUAGACGAUGUCAGCAUGCCUGUUGUGAACGAAUGGGGUGAUCAAGUUACUAAUGAAAUCGUCCGGCAACUUAUUGAAAUGAAGGGAUUCUACAGCUUGGAUAAACCAGGAGAGUUCACAACAAUUUUAGAUUUGCAAUAUGUCGCUGGAAUGAACCAUCCGGGUGGAGGGAGGAACGAUAUCCCCCCGCGUUUGAAGCGGCAGUUUUCUAUUUUCAACUGCACAAUUCCUACGGAUUCCUCUAUGGAUAAAAUCUUCGGUGUGAUAUCUGGAGGUCACUUCUGUCGUGCACGUUAUCCUAAUCUUGACAUAUGGAGCGAUACGCUGAAACAGCUUGUUCCUGCCACAAGAAUGCUAUGGCAAGCCACCAAGGCGAAGAUGUUGCCUACACCGGCCAAAUUUCACUAUGUAUUCAAUCUGCGCGAUUUAUCUCGAAUUUGGGAAGGCAUUCUGAAAGUUACCUAUGAGCAGCUGAACAGCGUUGAAGAUCUGGCUGCCCUUUGGAAGUUUGAGUGUACUCGCGUUAUUGCUGACCGGUUUAUAACUCAGGAAGACAAAACCUGGUUCGAACAGAAACUGGUGUCCAUCGCUCAAACUAAACUGGGUGACCGAAUUUCCAACUUCUUGGCAGGAUAUCAGCCGUAUUUUGUCAACUUUUUACGCGAUGCUCCAGAACCAACGGGAGAAGAAGCAGAAGGAGCGGUACUGGAAGCACCGAAGUUGUAUGAACAAGUCAAAGGGCUUGGCGAAGCACGCGAACGGUUAAUGUACUUCAUGAGAAUGUAUAACGAGAACGUGAGAGGAGGGAGGUUGGAUUUGGUGUUCUUCGAAGACGCUAUAAUUAAUUUAGUGAAGAUUUCUCGUAUCAUCAAUACUCCGGGAGGACAUGCAUUGCUGGUCGGCGUUGGUGGAUCUGGCAAGCAGUCUCUAACCAAACUGGCUUCCUUCAUUGCCGGGUAUUCGGUCUUCCAAAUAACAUUGACGAGAUCCUACAAUGUAACAAAUCUUAUGGACGACCUUAAACAGCUAUACCGUAUGAGCGGCGGACCUGCCGGAAAAGGCAUUUCUUUCAUUUUCACCGACAAUGACGUCAAGGACGAAAGCUUUUUGGAAUAUCUGAAUAACAUUCUGAAGGGCGGUGAACCAUCACAGCUGUUUUCUCGCGAAGAACUGGAUGAAAUCUGUCAAGAGCUGGUAGCCACCAUGAAGAAAGAGUUCCCAAAACGACCCCCAUCUGGCGAAAAUCUCUACGAAUAUUUUUCCAGCCGAGCUAAGAAGAAUUUGCAUGUUGUGCUUUGCUUUUCACCUGUCGGUGGCAAAUUCCGAGCCAGAUCGCUGAAGUUUCCGGGACUGAUUUCCGGUUGCACAAUCAACUGGUUCACCAAGUGGCCGCGGGAUGCACUUGUGGCGGUCAGCAAGCAUUUCAUUUCAGCGUUCCCUAUUGAAUGCACUCCGGCAGUAAAGCAGCAGGUCAUCGAAGCCAUGGGAGCUAUUCACGAUGCCGUAUCGCAGACGUGCACGGAGUACUUCCAACGCUUCCGUCGCGCGACCCAUGUGACCCCAAAGAGCUUCUUGUCUUUUGUGGACAUCUACAAAUUAGUAUACAAAAGCAAAGUUGCCCUUUUUCUUGAUUUGGCCGAUCGCAUGAAGCUGGGCUUAGAGAAACUUAUCGAAGCUGGCGAAUCAGUGGCGCAGCUGAGCAAAGAUUUGGUCCUGAAAGAGCGCGACUUGGCGGUUGCUAGCGCAAAAGCAGAAAAGGUGCUUUCUGAAGUGGCCAUCAAAGCAGAAUCGGCCAACAAGGUCAAAGUUGCUGUGCAAGAGCAGAAAGAUAAAGCGCAGGUCAUUAAAGACGUCAUCUCUGUCGAAAAAGCUGCGGCUGAAAAGAUGUUGGAGGAGGCCAAACCUCUUUUGGAACGGGCUGAGGAGGCCCUUAAGACUAUCGCACCUGCUGCAAUUGCAACCGUGCGAAAGUUAGCCAAGCCGCCAUUCUUGGUGAUGAAGAUUAUGGACUGUUGUCUUAUUCUCUUCCAAAAGCGACUGGAUCCAGUGGCUUGGGAUGCAGAGAAGCAGUUCAUUAAACCUUCAUGGGGAGAAGCGCUGAAGGUCAUGAGCGGCAACUUCCUUGGGAUGCUUCAAAACUUUGAUCGCGAUUUGAUAAACGAAGAAACCGUCGAUUUGAUGGCCCCUUACAUAAACAGUUCAAACUAUAACAAAGCAGAAGCCAUGCGAUCCGCCGGUGAUGUCGUCGGUCUACUAUUGUGGACGGUGGCCAUGUCUGAUUUCUACUGGAUCAAUCGAAAAGUGCUCCCUUUGAAAGCUGCUUUGGUACUAAAAGAACGCAAACUUAAUGAAGCGACCCAACAGUUGGAGGAAGCCCAGAAGAAGCUUGAUGAAAAGCAAGCCGAACUAGAUGUAGUGCAAACGGUGUACGACAAAGCCAUGGGCGAGAAGAAAGCUUUAAUGGACGAUGCUGCGUUAUGUCGCCUGAAAAUGUCAGCUGCUAAUACGCUAAUUGGUAUGCUGGGUGGUGAACGGGUUCGGUGGACAUCGCAAAGCAAAGAGUAUCGGGCACAAAUUGAGCGACUCGUUGGGGAUGUGUUGAUCUGCACGGCUUUCCUUUCUUACGCCGGUCCCUUUAAUCAAGAGUUUCGACAAAUCCUGCGCCGACAAUGGCAGAAAGAUAUAGAAGUACGGAAAAUCCCAUUGAGCGACGACCUGAAUAUUACAACAAUGUUGAUUGAUGAGGCAACGAUUGAAUUCUGGGCUUUGCAAGGCCUCCCAAACGAUGACCUUUCCGUCCAAAAUGGCAUUAUUGUCACACAGUCCUCUCGGUAUCCUCUGUUAAUUGAUCCGCAACAGCAAGGCAAAAACUGGAUUAAGAACCGGGAAAAAGAAAAUAACUUGGUUGUAUCGACUCUCAACCACAAGUACUUCCGACAACAUCUGGAGGAUGCCUUAUCGUUGGGAAAGCCCAUGCUUCUGGAAGAUGUUGAAGAAGAAUUCGAUCCGGUUUUGGACAAUGUACUAGACAAAAACUAUAUUAAAUCUGGUACCACUUACAAAGUGAAAAUCGGGGACAAAGAAGUGGAUGUUAUGGCCGGUUUUAAAAUGUACAUCACAACAAAACUACCAAAUCCAUCCUACACUCCGGAAAUGUCUGCACGCAGUGCCAUUAUUGACUUCACCGUCACGUCCAAAGGUCUGGAAGAUCAGCUUUUGGGUCGUGUAAUCCUAACCGAAAAGAAAGAACUGGAAGCAGAGCGGACUAAGCUAAUGGAGGACGUUGCCGCUAACAAAAAUAAGCAGCUGAAGCUGGAAGAGAAUCUGCUUUACAAGCUGACUAGCAUUAAGGGUUCUCUUGUUGACGAUCCCACACUCAUCGAUGUGCUGAAGAUCACCAAGCAAACAGCCUCAGAAGUAUCGGCCAAACUGAUUAUUGCCGAUCAAACCAGAAAGAAAAUCAACAACGCCAGAGAAGAAUACCGGCCCGUCGCUUCCCGCGGAAGUAUCCUGUACUUCCUUAUUUCGGAAAUGACCAUGGUUAACGUCAUGUAUCAGGUGUCGCUGAAACAGUUUCUGGGACUUUUCGACCUUUCAAUGGCGAAAGCCCAAAAAUCCACCAAUGUGUCAGCUCGCGUGCAAGCCAUUAUAGAGACUUUAACCCUCACCACAUUCCGAUAUACGUGCCGUGGUCUGUACGAGCGACACAAAUUCCUCUUCACAAUAUUACUGGCUCUUAAAACCGAUCUACAAAAAGGAGCUGUUACAUACGAUGAAUUCCAAGUCUUCAUCAAAGGUGGUGCGACGGUUACUCCUGAUCCUCAGAUCGAGAAGCUGCGUCCCAAAUGGAUAAUUCCCGUUACAUGGAGCAAUUUGCAGGCUCUUGUCAAACUCUCUUUUUAUCGAGACGUUGUCCGACAUGUUGCGGAACACGAGAAGCAGUGGCGGGGAUGGUUUGACAAAGAGGCGCCCGAGAACGAAAGCUUUCCACAUGAAAACUACAACGGUUUAGAUGUUUUCAAAAAGUUUUUGCUGAUCAGGAGCUUUUGCCCAGAUCGCACUAUCGCCAUGGCUAGGAAGUACAUAGCCGAUAGUUUGGGCCGAGCGUUUGCAGAUCCGGUGGUGCUGAAUCUCGAAGCAACAUGGGCUGAAAGUGAUCCUCGAGUUCCGUUGAUUUGCUUCUUAUCCAUGGGAUCAGAUCCAACGAAUCAAAUCGAAGCACUGUCCAAAAAGCUGGAAGUUCCUUUUGCAGCCAUAUCCAUGGGACAAGGGCAAGAGAUACAUGCCCGUGCUCUUCUGCGGCAUUCACUAGAACAUGGUGGAUGGGUGUUACUGCAAAACUGUCAUUUGGGGUUGGAUUUCAUGGACGAACUGGUAGAAACGGUGGUAUUGGCAGAAAAAUCCUUCCCAACUUUUCGUUUAUGGAUUACUACCGAACCACAUUCAAGAUUUUCUAUAACAUUACUUCAGGCCUCAAUAAAGUUUACAAAUGAUCCACCGGCCGGUCUUAAAGCCGGUUUGAAGCGUACGUACGCUGGAGUGUCGCAGGACUGGUUGGAUUUGCUAGCGUCCCCUUACUGGAAGCCACUCAUCUAUGGAGUCUCUUAUUUGCACUCGGUUGUACAAGAGCGGCGCAAGUUUGGACCAUUGGGCUGGUGUAUUCCCUACGAAUUCAAUUCCGCCGACUGGUAUGCCAGUUGUUUGUUUGUUCAACAUCAUCUUGAAGAUUUGGAUCCCAAAAAGCCAGUGUCCUUCCAAACCGUCCGAUAUAUGCUCGGAGAAGUUCAGUACGGUGGCCGCGUAACCGAUGAUUUUGACAAGCGACUGUUGAACACAUUUGCACGAGUGUGGUUUGGCGAGGAAAUGUUCGAUACCAAAUUUGCAUUCAGUACUGGCUACAAAAUUCCUCGAUGUAGAACUGUUCAAGAAUAUUUGGAGGCCAUCGAACAACUGCCGCCGGUUGACAGCCCUUUAGCAUUUGGGCUUCAUCGCAAUGCCGAUAUCACGUAUCAGACGUCAUUUGCUAUCGAUAUAUUCGACACAAUAAUCAGCAUACAGCCCAAGGAAAGUUCGGGUGGAGCUGGGAAAACGAGAGAAGAGAUUGUGCGAGAAAAAUCCGAGGAAAUGCUCCAACAGUUGCCCAAAGAUUAUAAUCAGUUUGAAAUGCGGGAGAGACUGGAGAAAAUGGGGAAAAAUAUGCCCAUGAAUAUCUUUCUGCGACAGGAAGUCGAUCGCAUGCAGAAGAUCAUUUCAGCCGUACGAACGACAUUGCAGGACUUGAAGCUGGCCAUCGACGGCACAAUCAUCAUGAACGAGAUUUUACGCGACGCUUUGGAUAACAUGUUCGACGGCCGUGUUCCUGCCUUGUGGAAGAAACUUUCGUGGGAGGCUACGACACUGUCCUUCUGGUUUGCUGAACUACUGGAACGCAAUGUGCAGUUUGUGUCUUGGCUGUUUGAAGCCCGACCGUCGGUAUUCUGGAUGACGGGUUUUUUUAACCCUCAAGGAUUCCUUACAGCCAUGCGUCAAGAAGUGGCUCGUGCUAAUAAGGGCUGGGCCCUCGAUACUGUCGUGCUCCACAAUGAAAUUACGAAACUGUACAAAGAGGAUGUCAAAAGCGGGCCAGAUUCGGGAGUGUACGUGUAUGGGCUCUUUCUGGACGGCGCAUCCUGGGACAAGAAGAAUGCCCGGCUAGUUGAAUCAGCGCCUAAAGUACUUUUCACUGCUUUGCCGGUGGCUUACGUUUUUGCUGUCAACGGUGAUCCACUUAAAGGACUGAAGACACCGCUGUACCGGUGUCCCGUAUAUAAAAAACCCAGACGAACCGAUUUAACUUUUAUAACCGGAUUGUGGUUGGAGCCUGGUUCCUUAACACCUGACUUAUGGACACUGCGAGGAGUGGCCCUUCUAUGCGAUACUAAAUAGGUCAAACCUGCUGUGUUUAUUUGUCCUGACGCUGCUGCUUUGUUACGCUCCACAAAAGCUAGUGUGUAACCAGGUAAAGGACGGUAUACCUGACCUUCAGAAUGCGAGAGAUAUGCCAUUUGUUGACCUUUUUAUGCUCUGGCUUGUAAUGUUGAGCAUCACUUCAGAUUUUGUGCCUUAAUUAGAACGCUAAUAGGUGUUUUACUGCUGUAAGCCUGUAGAUGUGUAUGCAUUAACAGGAUUGCGCUGCUGUUAUGGCUGAAUCAUACGUAUUCCUAAGACUGAUAAAU